AUGUCCGUCCACCCCGUCGGUGGAUACUCGAGCCAAAUGCACGUAUAUCCUUUCACCCCCGGCCUCGCCCCACCUCAGCCGUCCCGCCCGAAACGCAGGCAAGUGAAGAACGCUUGUACAAACUGCCAGAAGGCCUGCAAGAAGUGCGACGACGCCCGUCCCUGCCUCCGCUGCGUCAAGUAUGGAAUCGCCGAGGAAUGCAUCGAUUCCCAACGCAAGGAGAGGAAAAAGGGCGUGAAACGGGGCCCCUACAAGAAGCGCGAUGGAAAAGGCAGCAACGUCGACCAAGUCGACGCGCCCGAAGAACCUGGCAUGUCCAUCCCACCUGGCGUGCCUGCCUCCUCGGCGUCCCCACCCAUGCCACCCUACAUGGCUGGCCCUAUGGGAUACGCUACGAGUUUCUACGGGCAAUUCCCGGCCCCACCUACUCCGAAACCGGGCGAGGCACCUGCUGCCUACUACCCCCAGUUCUACAUCACCCCCAUUCCUCCGCCACACAACGGCCACCCUGGGCAAGAUGUCGAACAGCAGGGAUAUGCACAGCUGGCUCAGUUCUACCCAGCUUUUCUGCCAUAUGCCCCUCAAGCAUAUGGCCCUUACAUGAUGCAUCCCCAUCGUCCGGAUGGGCAGAUGCCUCUCCCAGCCCCACAAUAUGCUCCAUUCCCUCAGCCCUAUGGCAAGCCCUCUUCCACCCCGGGCUCAGUUGACUCCGGGAACGUCAACGGUAGGAGUGAGCACGGUCAGGGGGAUCAGAACUAG